AUGAGUAAAUUCCUCCAGUAUCAUACCUUUCCUCCCAUAUCUCUUGCCACACUCUGCCAACCUCUCAGUCGUGGCAGCCUAGGAAUCCUCAAUCCUCAAGUCCAGCAAGCUGCCCUACAACUGUGUUGGCUUCGUCCUCUGAUCCUUUCCCCCAAGCAACCGUCUGGUUUGGUUCCUCCCUGCCGUUACUGUCAACCUACCUACCUGUCUCUCUCUUCCUCUCUCAGCCAUGUCUUUAGUCCCCCCCCAACUGUCCUGCCUUCCCAUCCACUUGGCGAGAUCUCCUGGUAUCCGAUGCUUACGAGGUGGAUCGCCGCCACACAGUUCUUGCACCACGCCCCCUCCAUUGCAUCCCCUGUCAACUGA